GUGGGAUAGGUUGACGCAAUUGAAUCGCCGCCAUGCUGGAUUUGCUUCGAGGUUCUCCUUCGUUAGAAGGAGCCUUGGAAGAAAGAGAUGCAGAAAUUGCUACUCUGCAGGCACAGAUCAAAGCAUAUCAAGAAGCAGAUCAGCGAGAUUUCUUGGCGGACAACUCCGAUCAGUUGGCCAGCAUUAUCUCCACGAAGAACCAGGUGAUCCACGAUUUGCAACUGCAACUGGACCGUUUCACAGCAGAAACAGCACCGCCCAGCGGUCCCUCUGUCGCCACGAGCUCUAUGACGAUGGCACAGGCGUUGGAGAGCGCCAAGACGUCGGCGGCCGAAGUGGAGCGCUUGCGGAGGAAGCUGAAGGAACAACAGCACCAGCUGCAGCUCUACCGAGAAGAAAACCAUCGACAGGCAGGCGAGCUCGCCGCCAAUGCCGCCAAGAGUGCCGUGGAAAUCGGGACCUUGCAGGCACAGCUGAAGUCCUUUGAGGAGAUGCAGGUGGAGGUUGCCAAGGUGAAGUCCGGGGUGAGUGCAGAUGGUGAGUUGAACAAUGCGGAUUCAAGCGUGCCAAAGGAAAUACCGCAAGUCCAUGUGCCAAACGGCGGUGGGCAUUCUGAAGGACAGAACCAACAACCUCCUCCCGCUGAAGCGACAAGAGAGGAAAUUGCUCAGUUUCAACGCAUGUGUGCUGAGCGUAUGAAGGCGCUCGAAGCACGUGAAGCUGCAGCCGCUCAGUUGGAAGCCAUGCUUGAGCAACAAGGAGCUCAGAAUCAGCAAGUGGAGGAGGGAAUGAAUGUCUUGGCAGAACGAGAAAGCAAGGUGUCAACAAGGGAGGCUGAGUUUGAGCAAUUGUGUGCUGAGCGUAUGAAGGCGCUCGAAGCACGCGAGGCUCAGCUCGCACGAGCCAGUCUUGGAGACGGUCUCACAGCGGAGCUGGCAGCCUUAGAGGGUCGAGAGAAGGAGUGCACCGAACGGGAGAAAGCCCUGGAGGUGCGGGAGGCCGCGACAGCCGCAGAUGCCAAAGUGCACGGUUGUUUUUACCAAGAGUUAGAUGAACAGAAGCAGCUGCUGGCCGAGCGCGAGCAAGCAGCUCUUGAACAAGAAGCUUUGUUGGAGAAGCGGGAGCAGGCCAUAGAGGAGUCCGAGUCCAAGUUGGAACUGCAGAAAAAGGAACUCCAACGACUUGAGGAUGGUUUGCGCAAGCGAGAGACCCUCUGCGCAGAGCAAGAGAAAGAAGGAAGACGGGCCAGCGCUGCAGCUGCAGCAACUGCAAAGGAGGCCCGGCUCGGGGCACAAGCAUCCCGUCAAGUGGAGCAAGUACAACAAAAUUUGGCCACGGCGAGCACAAAGAUGGCGGCCAGAUCGAUUUCAAACCUUGAGGCAGGAGUGACAGGAGGUGGAGUUGCUGGUGCGAUUGCCGCUUUGUUGCAGGAUGUGGAAUUGGGAGAGCGUUCCGGAGUGUCUUUGGUGGAUUUGGGUCUCAGUGACAUCGCUGGAUUGCCCGAAGCAGAUAAGUUCAUGCAGUUACUCUCAGCUUUGAUGGCUGUUCGCGCAGAUGCACGACUGAUCGUCUUCGGACUUUGGCUUUUGUGCCAUUUGAUUUACGUCCUCUAUCUCAUCUAUGCACAUGUGAAAAAGCUGCCACCUCUGGCCUCAUCUCGAACGCCAGGCUUUCCAUCCAACAAUGACCAGGAAAAUGCCUAUGAUGACUCGCCGCGGCAUGCGACGACGAGCAAUGGCAAUCUUUGGUGGGUGCCCCAGGAUGGAACGUUGAGACCCCAUGCGGACCCGGCGCUUCCGUUGGGGCUGGGCAAACGACGGUUGGGCGGUCGGCACGGCACGGACUGCUCCGAGGCUACGGAUUUCGAACCAGGCAUCGUGCCACGAUGCUUGAAGCUGCUUGAACAGAGGCGAGCGACGGUGGAGGCAUCCAACAACAACGUAUGGCCAUUCACCUACUCGCAGUGUCCGUCCGAAAAUCUGGAAAAGGCCAAUCAAGAUCCUCCGAAGCAGCAGAGGAUCAAUGAAUGUUUAGGUGACAAUUGGACGCAGCGUUUCGGGCUGCACCCACAUCAAGGCCGAGGGGCUUUGGAGAUAGAUAUUCUGGAGGUGCUGCCAGGCAACCAUGCUCCGAACUACAAAAAGGAGAAGGUUGACACGGGCAUUUGCAAGCCCCAGACAGAAAUCCUCUAUAGCAAGUUGGACAUUCCUCGGCCGCAUUUGCUGAAUACCUUGCAAGCGGCCCCUGGCAUUCCAUUUUUGGCCGAUCAGCGGCCACCUUCUCCUCCACGUCUCAAUACCACUUGCGUCCCAGAAUGGGGCACUCAAUGGUAUGAUGGCUUACGACCAGAAGUUCCUGGAGUCUAUGGAAGCAGUUCAACCAUCAAUUAUCACAACUACGGCAAGUACAUUGUGAACAUCAACCCUUGGACAGAUGUGGAGAUCCAAGUGGAUUCCAUCGGUGCCUUGACGGGCCUUGAUGAGGAUGCCUUCAGUCAGCACCACGCCCUCCGGCAGAAACGCUUUGAGACACUCAUGUCGGACCCAAGUGAGAUCAAGUUGUCCCGCCAAGACAAGCCAGAGAGAAAGUUCUUCGAAAAUCCACUGACCUGGUGGAAGGGCACUUCACUUCGAUGGAACACAGAUGUGACCAUCUGGAACGGAACGGGAGAGGCUGAAGCCCUGUGUGAGCUUUUUGUGGACAACUUGGGAUCUCUACUUGGAACGACUGGCGCAUGUGUGGGAACAAUUGGCUAUGGCAUUGUGGGAAACCUACCUCCCUUCGCCGGCGGCUACGGAACAGCCAUUGCCAAAGAAUGGGAAAAGGUUUACUUCUCGCGCAACAUCCCAGGAUGUGCAUUUGCGAUGCUCCUUGGAAACCUUUUCUAUGCUUGGCAGUGUGGACGUUUGGGAAGCAAGGAAGGCCGGAAUGACGUCACUGCACAGCCCUAUGGCAUCAAUACCACCGGCGUGUACAUCACUUUGUUCGCAAUCCAGCUGGAGGCUUUGAUUUCUGCUGGCUUUAUGUUCCAACCAGCUGCCGAAGCAGAUAGCGAUGCGAUCCGCGCGGCAGCUGUGAGUGCUGCUGACCAUGCUUGGAAAAUCUCGGUGGCCUGCAACUUCGUGUUGGGUCUUUUCGAGAUGCUCGGGGCCUUUAUUGGAGAGAGUAUUCGAAAAGUGGCACCCAUGGCGGCUUUCUAUGCCCCCAUGAUGGGUGUUGGCUUUGUUUACUUGGCAUUUGUGCCAAUGUUGGCAAUCUCUCAAGAACCAAUGAUGUGCCUGAUCCCAUUGCUGAUUGUGUUCAAUGGCUUCUUUGGUGGAGUCCGAUAUCACAUCUACAAGAAGCUCACCAUCCCCAUUGGGCUCAUGGCAAUUUUGGCAGCGGUCAUUGCCGGCUGGUCUGGAGCAUGUGCGCGAGAAUCUGGAACAAUCGGUGCCAUGAAGUAUGGCUACACCUUGCCAUAUUUCGAUUCAACCAAGGUCACUUGCACAGGCACUUCUCAGUCAGAGGCUCAGCUUGCCUGGGAUACCUACGCCUUUCAGCCGAAUGUUCUUGCAAACUCUGUCUUUGUCGGACUAGGCGGUUUUGCAGAUAUCGGAAGCUUCAUGACCACCCUCUUCCUGGUUGGUGUGGUAGGCUUCGUCGGCACCAUGAGCUGUGUGGAGAGUGCGUCUGCAGCAGGCGAUGAUUACCCUAUGGCCGAGACAAUGCUUGUGGAUGGCGCUGGCACUUGCAUCGGUGCAUUGUUUGGAUCUUUCUACUCAACCACUGUCUACAUUGGACAUCCCAUUCACAAGGCUUUGGGGGCCAAGCGUGGCUUCAGCCUCAUCAACGGCAUUAUCUACUUCUUCCUGCUCUUGUCUGGAUUGUUUGCUGCCUUGUACCAGUCCAUUCCGGAGUGUGCCGGCGGCUCCAUCCUAGUCUUUGUUGGACUGCUGUUGGGCCGUCAAGCAUUUGAAGAGACGCCGCCACGACAUUAUCCAGCCUUGUUGCUGAGCCUUUUCCCAUACAUCUGCAAUUGGGCCAAGCUCAGCAUGAGCAAUGAAGGUGUUUUGAUGAUGGGUCAAGCCGGAGGCCUUAUGUUCAGCGUUGUUCUCACGUGGCUUUUCUGCUUGUGCAUCGACCGCGACUUUUGGAAGGCUACCUUGCUUUCCUUCGUGGCGAUUUUCCUCUCGCUAUUUGGCUUCUUCGCUUCCCACAAUGCUGCCAAUGAUGAAGUGCCACCUACAGAAGGUGACGAGAAGAUUGGCUUCUACGGCAUGGAGGAGCGAAACAUCAAUGCCAUCACCAAGGAUGGCGAGCCCAUGGGAACCUUGCUGGCACGGCAGUUGCUCCUUGAGCCUGUAUCGAUGAUCCUGAACAUUGAUGUGUCCAAGCAAUGGGGUUGGGAUAUUAUCGAGCAGAAUUGUGGAGGGGACUGUGGUUGCUGCCUUGACUGUGGUGAGCCUGAAUGUGUGUCUUGUAUGUUGGAGAAAGGCGGCGGCAAUGAAUAUUUGCACAAGCUGUGUAGGACUUUGCCAGCCACCUACGAGGUGGAUUACAUCCGAGUUUUCCAGACGAAGGAUCAACAAGCUGAAGAUCGCCAAGGGUGCUCACCUAAGGUGGCACCAACACAAGGGUGGAUCGACACUCAGCGUUCUCGAUAUGUGCUACCCAACUUCGAUGCACCGCUGCAGCCGGUGUAUGCCGGUGGAGGACGGUGUCAAACAGAUGCCAACUGCGGCUCCAACUCAGGGAGCGGCGCUUGUUCGGACGGCGUGUGCAAAUGUACCAACGGCUGGACGGGUCCCAGCUGCCUCGCUCGCAUGGCCGGGGCGGCCCUCCGCUGCCGACCGCUGGAGCUGACACUUGUGGGAGGUGGUCCGUGCUUCGUGAAUUCCACGCAUGACAAUUGCGGGCGAGGCACGUGCAUUGAGAUCAAUCGCCCAUGGGAUGCGCCAUGGCAGACCGUUGAAGGUUUACAUCGCUUCAGCCCCGUGGGAACUGGAGACGGUCGCUGCCAGUGCCAUGAUGGCUGGAAGGGUCCCUUUUGCAGUGUGGAAAGCGGAGGUCAGAGCAAGACCGAGGCAAAGAAGACCGAUCAGUGGGAUGAGAAGACGUGUGUGCCAGAUUCGAGCCUCAGUUCGCCUAAGCUUGAGGCUUUGAUUACCAAGCUUUGCCGCAACUGGCUCAUGGGCAAGGAGACCAUCGAGAGAGUUUCACAGGCGUGCUCUGACAUCGACUGGAGCUCUGAUGGUAAAUAUUCUCAAUGUGGCUCAUGGCCCCGUGCCUCUUUGGUGGUUCAGGCUGCCAAGGAAGAGAAGGGGAUUUGCUGCACGCGCUUGGACGAACAGGGCCGAGAGAUUUGCUUUGAAGAUGAAGCGCAGUUUGACAUCCUCCUUGGAGUUGCCACCGCAUCCCUGGCAUUAAUGGCCGUUCUCGGAUGCUUGCGCCAAGCACACCUGAGAGGUGGACUGCUUUCGCGAAGGUCAGAGCGAGCGGCAGCAAAUGGGUUUGACUUUAAAAGAGAUGACAGCACAGACGACACGGACACAGAUGACGAGGUCAAUGGAUUCUCUGGGAGUGACAGCGAGGAGUCCAAGUAG